CCCUGUCAGCGCCAUGGCCGAACAGGACGUGGAGAAUGAGCUCCUGGACUACGAGGAAGAUGAGGAGCCCCAGGCCCCUGCCGAGAGCACCCCGGCCCCCCCUAAGAAGGACGUCAAGGGCUCCUACGUGUCCAUCCACAGCUCUGGCUUCCGGGACUUCCUGCUGAAGCCGGAGCUGCUGCGGGCCAUCGUGGACUGUGGCUUUGAGCACCCAUCCGAGGUCCAGCACGAGUGCAUCCCGCAGGCCAUCCUCGGCAUGGACAUCCUGUGCCAGGCCAAGUCUGGGAUGGGCAAGACGGCCGUGUUCGUGCUCGCCACCCUGCAGCAGAUCGAGCCCGUCAACGGACAGGUGACAGUCCUGGUCAUGUGUCACACACGGGAGCUGGCCUUCCAGAUCAGCAAGGAGUACGAGCGCUUUUCUAAGUACAUGGCCAGCGUGAAGGUGUCGGUGUUCUUCGGAGGCCUCUCCAUCAAGAAGGACGAGGAAGUGCUGAAGCGGAGCUGUCCCCACGUGGUGGUGGGCACCCCUGGACGCAUCCUGGCACUGGUCCGGAACCGGAGCCUCGGUCUGAAGAAUGUGAAGCACUUCGUGCUGGACGAGUGUGACAAGAUGCUGGAGCAGCUGGACAUGCGGCGCGACGUGCAGGAGAUCUUCCGGCUGACCCCGCACGAGAAGCAGUGCAUGAUGUUCAGCGCCACCCUGAGCAGGGACAUCCGGCCCGUGUGCCGCAAGUUCAUGCAGGACCCCAUGGAGGUGUUCGUGGACGACGAGACCAAGCUGACGCUGCACGGGCUGCAGCAGUACUACGUGAAGCUCAAGGACAGCGAGAAGAACCGCAAGCUCUUCGACCUGCUAGAUGUGCUGGAGUUCAACCAGGUGGUGAUUUUUGUGAAGUCGGUGCAGCGCUGCAUGGCCCUGGCGCAGCUCCUGGUGGAGCAGAACUUCCCGGCCAUCGCCAUCCACCGGGGCAUGGCGCAGGAGGAGCGUCUGUCGCGCUACCAGCAGUUCAAGGACUUCCAGCGCCGGAUCCUGGUGGCCACCAAUUUGUUUGGCCGCGGGAUGGACAUCGAACGGGUCAACAUCGUCUUCAACUAUGACAUGCCCGAGGACUCGGACACCUACCUCCACCGGGUGGCCCGUGCCGGCCGAUUCGGGACCAAGGGCCUGGCCAUCACCUUUGUGUCGGAUGAGAACGACGCCAAAAUCCUCAACGAUGUGCAGGACCGGUUUGAGGUGAACGUGGCAGAGCUGCCCGAGGAGAUCGACAUCUCGACUUACAUCGAGCAGAGCCGAUAACCUCCGCCCAGCGAUCAGAGACCCAGCGUCCCCCGGCGACUGCGCCGGCCCUUCGUGUUUGCUGUUGAG